AACGUUUAUCAUUCAAAGCCGUUACCUUCUAUUUUUAUUUUUAUUUUUUUAAAAUUUUCUCGCAUUCAAUUCCAUUUAUAUAUCACACGAUUUGUAUUAGUAAUAGAAUCCGAAUUUGUUCACUCCCACUCCCACCCCCACCCAACCCUUACUCCAAAAUAACAAAAACAUCAUCGUUUUAAGGUUCCUCUGAAUUUAAAGUUUUUCGUAUCUCUAUGGAAAGCACGACUUUAGAAGAAAAAGAAGCGGGACAGAAGCAACGACGACAACGUUGUUUGCACGACGAAAGUGAAGUUAGUAUCGGUUCUGAUUGGGUGAAACAGUUCUUGGAUAUGUCGGACGAGGAAUUAUACGAGGUUGUUUCGUCCGAUGAAGUGAAAAAAACUAUUAAUGUAGAUGAUGAAGAUGAUGAUGACUGUGUGAUUCUUGAUGGUGACCCUGAAAAGGAAGUUAUGCAUGUGAAUGAUUCUCCUAAUGGGUCUGAUGAGUUGCUUGUAGUUGGGGAAAAGGGUCAGAUUGCAUGCAGAGAUUAUCCUCAUCCGCGGCAUCUUUGUGCUACUUUUCCUUAUGAUUCCACUCCUCAUGAGAGAUACUGUGCCCAGUGCCACUGUUAUGUAUGUGACUCUCCGGCACCAUGUCUGAAAUGGGGCAAUGGCCUUUUAACUACAGAUCAUUGUCAUGCAACGGAUAAAUCUGCGACGUGGAAAACUCUGAGAAAAGAUUCCAAGCUGGUUAAGACGGCUCCAUUGCCAGUUUCAACCAACAAUGGUGCUAUAGGUAAUGUUGUGAAUUCUCAACAUAAUAUUUUGCCCUCUAAUAUCGAGCAUCUGUCUUCAAAUUCCAUGUUAGCGAAGCUGAAGUCAAGGUCAAAGGCAUUGCAUUCGCGCCCAGUAAAUCUCACCACUCUAAAUCAGGUCUCUCAUCCCCGCCCAGUACAUCUCACAACUCAAAAUCAGGCCACUUAUCCGCGUCCAGUACAUCUCACAACUCUAAAUCAGGCCACUUAUCCGCGUCCAGUACAUCUCACUACUCAAAAUCAGGUCUCUCAUCCCCAUCCAGUACAUCUCACAACUCAAAAUCAGGCCACUCAUCCCCGUCCAGUACAUCUCACAACUCAAAAUCAGGCCACUUAUUCGCGUCCAGUACAUCUCACUACUCAAAAUCAGGUCUCUCAUCCCCGCCCAGUACAUCUCACAACUCAAAAUCAGGCCACUUAUCCGCGCUCAGUACAUCUCACAACUCAAAAUCAAGCCACUUAUCCGCGUCCAGUACAUCUCAUAACUCAAAAUCAGGCCACUUAUCCGCGUGCAGUAUAUCUCACUACUCAAAAUCAGGCCACUUAUCUGCGCCCAGUAAAUCUCACUACUCAAAAUCAAGCCACUUAUCCACGCCCAGUAAACCUCACUCCUCAAAAUCAGGCCUCUCGUCCGAUUACCAUGAAUGCAUGCUCUUCACAAAGGUCUAAAUUACAGAAUCAAGCCUUGAGGUCAACCGAAAUGCAUUCUCUCUCAGUAAAUCAGUCACCUCAAAAUCAGGCCUCUCGGCCUAUUACAAUGAAUGCGAGCAAUGCAUUGUCCUCACUAAGUUCUAGAUUACAGAAUCAAGGCUCGAGGUCAAACAAAACACAUCCACUCUCAGAGAAUCUCGUACCUCAUAAUCAGGCAUCUCGGCUAAUUACAACGAAUGCAAUUUCCUCACUAACUUCUAGUUUACAGAAUCAGUCCAGGUCAAAUAAUGUCCUUGGACGCUCCACAGGUCCCAGCUUUACAAUCCCAAAUGGCACAAACAACGGUAGAUAUCAAGAAUCUGGAACUACGUUGGUGACAAAUAAACAUCCUUCUCAUGCCGCUUCAAGAAUGUCUCUAGGUGUACAAAGUCACGUUAUCCAAAAGAAUUCCGGACAUAGAAUUGGUAUUGGGAACACCGCGGCAACGAACCGUGUUACCCCUCUCGGUGCAUCUGGCUUCAUCAAUCGAGUCAAUCCACAACAUGGUGAUACAAAUCAUGCCCAAGCAAUUGAUUCAUUGCCGACACAACCAAACCAUAGUCCAGCAAAUGAAACCCAACCAUGUAACCAAUCAGAUAAUAGCCAGAAAGUUGAUAGAUAUUGUGAUAUUUGGUUGAGUUAUAUAGCUCAGCUGAACAAAAAUAAGCAUUUAAAUGAGCAUCAAAUUGGAAGUGAAAAUGAAAAUAUCAUCAAUAGUGGAGGUGCAGUGCAAAAUGUUUUCCAACAGAAACCUGAUGAUGGUGGGAUUGAAAAUGAAGGUUUGCUAGCUAAAGACUCAAAUACUAAUGAAAACAUAUCUAAUGUUGAAAACUUAGUAUCUAAUGCUAAGGAGUCUAACACUCCAUCUUCUGGAAAUAGUCACCUGUCAUUGGAUGAGAUCAAGCACUGGCUUCUUGAUUCCAAUUAGUGUAGAUGUUGCUUUAGAAUCUUCAGCACUAGUGGCUAAGUUAGCCAGGCUAACUAUCAGUGAUUUUUGUCUUUUUGAUUUCACUCUUGUAAUU